GUAUCAUCUUCAAGCCCGUCGGGUCCUGAUGCUGUGCAACUGCAGAACAACCCUCGCAACACACAGUGGAUAACUUUUGGAGCAGGGAGGAGGAGGCGUUUUCGCUCUUUGAAUCUGUAUGCCUACUUGUCUGUCUGUCCAUCUGUCUGUCUUCCUAUCUUUCUGUCUGUCUGUCAGUCCGUACAUCUUAUCUCUUUGUGAUCAAAGCUGAGGAACGAAUUUCCCCAUUGUUCAGCUUUCUCAUCGACAAAUGACUGCGGAGGAAAAGCUAUAACGGCGUAUCUCAGCCCCUUGCCAUAUUUCGACUUAGCCUAACCUGCAGAAGUAGUGACGGACUUUUAAAACACCAGCCAUGUUUUCUGGCGUGAUGCUUAUCGUGGUGCUCAGCGGUUGUCUGUUGAUUGGUCCGGCCUGCGGCAAUCCAGUACCCCGUAAUUUUGACCUUGAGGGGAAGGAAGGGAACAAUGUGGAGGUGAAGGACGCGGUCAACGAGGAAGUGGCUGAUGGGAAAGUCCAACAGCUGGGCGUCGACUUACUGCCUAAUCAGAAUAAUGACGCAGCUGGAGACGGGCAGUUGCAGCAGCCUGACCCAGACAACGAAGGUGACGAUGAUGAUGCGGGCAAUUUGGGCCGACAGGAAGUGGAUGGAAUGGGACCUGGGAUAGCAGACGCACCAGGACAGGCAGACGCCACAGAUAUGGACAAGCACCUCAAGCUCAUCGGAGAGAUGGUGGAUAAAGUUGGGAGCGGACAAAGACGGGGACGGCAGCCUGUCUAGUGCGGAAAUGGAGGCUUGGAUCAAGGCCAAGAUGAGCGAACAUUUCUUGGAGGCCUCGGAGGAGAACGACAAGAUCUUCGUCCAUCUGGACCCCGACGGCGAUGGAUUCAUUAAGUGGAAGGAGUACUAUAUCCACUUCCUGCUGUCCCGAGGAUUCGACCCCAAGAGCUCCAUGAAGCACGUGCAGGACUACGACGACUCGGUGCAGCUAGACCAGGCCGACAAGGACGCCUUAGUGUCGUACAAGUUCCGCUGGAUGGAGGCGGACUCCGAUCCCAUGGACAACCAGCUGACCAAGGAGGAGUUCAUGGCUUUCCGCCACCCGGAGCACAGCAAGCGCUCGCUGGAGACCAUGGCGCGCAAUGUCUUCCGAGGAGUCGACACCAACGACGACAAGGUGAUCACGGAGGACGAGUUCAUCAUGCUGCCUCCCGGGGAGGUGGAAAACGAGGAGUACGCGGAGAUGGACAGAAAGUGGCAGGAGGAGAGGAAGAAAGAGUUCCGGGAGAUCAUGGACCUGAACCACGACGGGCAGGUGGACAUGAAGGAGAUGGAG